AAACGGGCUCCGGCCAGUGCGAGCCCCGGUACAUUGAUGCGUGGAUGCUCUGCCGUGUCGGGCUUUCAGUGGUUGAUCAGGCACGCUUGCGAGAGGUCGCUUCGAGAGGUUUCCGUGCACGAGCGUGUUACGACGCAGCAGCAAAACCAAUCACACGCCUCCGCCCCCGCCCCACACGAGACUACUCGCUACGGUUGCGUACGGUCACACGUCUAACACAAAUUGGCCGCAUCGACGCUGCCAAUUCGCAUUGGACAGCACGGCAAUACAGACGGACACACACACACGCGGCAAAAACAGACAGCCAGGUCAAAGUGUCAAGGCUGAAGAUAAGCCUUCCGAGGGCAAGUGUUGAUCUCGCGUCGUUGAAGCUGUGCGGAUCGGUGUGUGAGAGGGUUUUUACCAGCUUCCCAGCGUCAGGUGAAUAAUUGUGUGAUUCCCCUUGCAACUGAGGUACGUGCAAAGGUUCUGUUCAGGUUCGACGAGUGUGCGGUGUCGUAUUGGAAUUUCGGCCAGCGAACGUCAAUCAAAAUCACACCGAACAACAACAACAACAACAACAGAAGCAACAACGCCACAAAAACCCGUUCCAGUGCACGAUCGGGCAUUCACAAGCACACAGCGCGCGAAAAAGGGAAAGUCGCCCGCAAUUGUUUUUCGGAGUGUACCUGUGUCCGUGCGUGUGUGCAUGUGUAGGGCAAGGUCGCCGACGGCACAGCUGAGACGGGUGGCCCAGUAGCAGACAAAAACGCGCGCGGGUAAAACCAGGCCCAAGGUGUUUCUGGCCAGCGAGCGGUUGAAGGUGAUUGGAAUCGCGCGGGAAACCCCCCCGGAGAGGCCAGACAACAAUCAAAACCGCCCCUCCGCGAGCACACCACACCAGUGCAGCUAGUAGCAGCGCUUGCAGUAGCAACUUACAGCAGCCCGAGCACGAUGAGCGGUGUCGACGACAUUCUGACGUACAAGCGAGACUCCAAGGAGGAUCUGUACGCGCUGCUAAACUGCAGUGAAACGUCCACGGUGGACCAAAUCCAGGCCGAGUUUAAAAUACUCGCCUUACAGUAUCACCCGGACAAGAACGAUGGUGACAAGGAGUCCGAGGCCAAGUUUCAGCAGCUAAAGGAGGCGAAGGAGAUCCUGUGCGAUCCGGAGAAGCGGGCGAGCUACGACAAGUGGCGCAACAGCGGCAUCCAGAUCAGCUACAAGAACUGGCUCGGCAUGAAGGAGCACGUCCAGCAGAGCAUGCACUGGGCGAUCCCGAAAACGAAGGACCGGAUGCUGCCGGAGGGCGGUACUGCGGCUGGCAGCACCGGGGCUGGCGCCGCGACCAGCUCUGGCGCAGUCGGAUCCGGGCUGAGCGCGGCCCAGCCCAACCCGGCCCAUCGGCGCGCGUCCGAGGGUGGCGCCGCCCUGUACUAUGGCGGGCGCAAGGGUGAGUGGGGCUCGGAGAACUCAAGCGAAGUCGUGAGCAAGUUCCGCAACUAUGAGAUCUAAACUAACGGUGGGAGGGAGGAAGAGCAGGACGUUUUCGUGGGUGUGUGGGUAAGUGUGUUUAUGUGUGCCCAUUGAUAGUGGAAGGAUGCAUGUGUGUGUAUGUGUGUGUGCGUUGGGGGAGGUAGGUAGGCUAUUGUCUUUUAAGAACCCUUGACAUCCUUGACAGCUUACGGAGAUACCACAGGAGUGAUGGACAUGAAUCUUCCUGUAGUAAGAAACCGUGAACCCUAGAACGGCACACACACGCCCACAUAAACACAUAAAGUAUCAUAUCCUCUUCAGCUGUUACCUCAAACAGUACCACCUUGCCUAGCAGCAUGGGAUGCGAAUUUAAUGAACUCACGGUUGAAUUGAUAAUUGGAGCAGAUACGUUACCCAGGCAGCACAACCGUUGUCCAACCGGCAGAGGAUAUGUUUACGUGUGGGAUGGGUGUGUGUGUGUGCUUAUUUUGUGCUGCUAGAGAGGGGGUAACCUUUUGUGCUGGCGUGAGUUUAUACUUUCAUCUUCCAUUUCGUCCCAACUCUUGCCUUCGCCCUUUUCAACCUCAGCCACGCUUUUUCACAUGCUCCAAUUGCGCUCUGUAAAUGGUGUGGUGGAUUCAUGCUAUUGUAAUGGGGAUGAUGAGCAUGGACAAAAGCGGUAGGUGGAGGAUCCCUAUUCUCUCUCACUCGCACACAAAAACACAUACUCACACAUACGCUAGGAUUGAUUAAAGCCGUAUUUAACCGGCUAACGAUAAAUUAAAAUUGAUCGAUUUUUCUGCGCCUGAAAGGAAGCAACCGAACAGGAACAAACGAGCCGACACUGUGGGAUACACAUACACAAACAGAUGCGCUUGCAGUGUGUUGAAUGAAUUGAAUAAUUAAAUGAUUUGCAAAUGAUGAGUGCCCAGGCAGGAGCGGGCAAUGAUGAAAUUACUAUUAAAAUAGAGAAGAGGAAAAAUCAACACAAGAAAAUAAAAAAAAAAGUAUUGCAUAACAGUGCACAUGUGUAAGAGCAUGCUGGUUUAAAAAACCAUUAGUGUGUUUUGGUCCUUUGCUUUCUUCCAUGCAAACGUUGCCCUGAGUAAAACGGGAAAAUGAAAAAAAGAAACCUUUCUCCUACCCCCGAACUCUUCUUCCCACCGUUACGUGUGCGCUUACCUUCCCGCUGAUGUGCUCCUGUGUUUCUAAUUGAUGUGUUAUAGUCGUUAAUUGUUGAUGUUGAUGCACACAUAUAUGAAGCAACAGCAAAA